AUGGAGCAGGGGUACAAGCAUUUCAGCCACUCGCACAACCUGAUCAUGCACCAACUGCCUGAAGGUGUCGAUGUCUCCUGCUCCGGUUGCAACUCUUCCGGCGACGGCACUGUGUACAUUUGUUGGCAAUGCAACUUCUUCCUACACGAGCAAUGCUACAGGGCGACACGAUCUUUGAAACACCCAUCACACCCUCCUCAUCCUCUCACCUUGGUUCCUUACCCUACUUACCCUUCUAAUUCCUUCUACUGCAAUUCCUGUGAAAUUAUCGGAACUGGGUUAUCUUAUUCCUGUGCUCAUUGUGAGUUUGACCUUCAUGUUCAAUGCGCUUAUUCCAUUUCAAGAGCUACCAGUUUCCAGAAAGCUCAUCACUAUCCUACAAAUUAUUACGAUCCUCAUCACCAAGAACUAGUUCCACCAACUACGGCUCACAAUGUCUCCUAUGUUUCUGUUCCCGAUAAUCUUCAUCAACAUCCACUCACAGCUUCUCAGAAUCAUUACAUAGACCCCAAUCCGCAUUAUGUUUCUAUUCCUAACCCCAUUAUUAACGAGCAAUAUCAUUCCACGGGUCAAAAUGGGCAUUCAGUUUCCAUUCCCACUACUUCUCAGUAUCCGAUUACUAGUUCCCAGUAUCCUUCCAUGGCUGAAGCUGGGCCUUCUAUCCCCGCCGAUCCUAUUAUCAGUGCCCAAUAUCCUUCCAUGUCUCAAACCAGACCUUCUCUUUCCAUUCCCGUUAGUUCUCAAGAUCCUGUUAUCAGUGCCCAAUAUCCUUCCAUGUCUCAAACCGGACCUUCUGUUCCCAUUCCCACUAGUUCUCAGGAUUCUGUCACAGGUACUCAAUAUCCUUCGAUUGCUCAACCUAGACCUUCUGUUUCUAUUCCCCCUAGUCCUGCAAAUCAUGUUAAUAACACAGGAGAUUCCUCAAAGCCUCAAAAUGGACCUUCUGUUUCCAUUCCCACUAGUUUUCAAAAUCCAGUAACUAGUCCCCAGUAUCCUCCAGUAGAUGUCUCUUCUGUUUCCAUUCCUACCAAUAAUCUAAAUCCCGUAACUAGUGACCAAAAAUUUAACAUGGCUCAAAACAUUGCUGCUUCCGUUUCUGUUCCCGGUGCUUCUCCUAAUUAUCAACCUGAAAAUCAUGUUGAAUCUGGUCAAAACCAAUCGAACCAUAAAGGAAUCAUGCAUUUCAGUCACCCUCACAGUUUAUGUAUGGUCAACUUACAAGAUGAAGAUAAUGAGAUCGAAUGUUCAGGAUGUGAAGACACUCUAGAUGGAAAGGGCUAUUCAUGUGCUGAACCAAAUUGCAACUUUCAUCUUCAUGAAUCAUGCUUCCAACUGAAACAACAGAUCCAACACAAGUCACACCCGGAACACCCUCUAACUCUCCUCCCAUUAGCACCUUACAACAAUGAAAACGGUGAAUUUACUUGUAAUGCAUGUUUUAGCGAUGGUACAGGUUUUACCUAUCACUGUUCUAUUUGUAAAUUUGAUCUACACAUCCAGUGUGUAAGCUUGCCUGAAACAGUGACAAGGAGCGAUCAUGAGCACAUACUUAAACUGUAUUACUCAUGUCCAGUGAAAGGUGAAGAGUACACAUUCUCCUGUGAUGUUUGUCAUGUGGAUGUCCAAAAGGAUCGUUGGACUUACUACUGUGAAUCAUGUGAUUAUGGUACGCAUUUAGGUUGUGUGGAUUGUGAAGAAUGUGUUGCAGACAGUAUUCUUGAUACCCAAAUGCAGCUCCAGAGGCUUCAGUUUCAAUUGGAAAUGUCUCGACAGAAUGCCCAGUUGGUUGCUAGUAUGGGUGCAAGCCUGUUAAGCUUGGUUUAG